GUCCUUUUUUCCCCCAAAUUCCCCACCCCACACAACCCACCCACACGUAUAUUCAUCUCUCUUCAUAGCUUUGUUCACAGCACACAGCAUCAAAAUCAUUUGCUUUCUUUUUCUAAAAACACCUUUUUUUUCCUUUCUAUUUCUCACUUUGCCCCUCGAUCUUUGCUUCUUUGUCCCCUUUUUUCUGAUUCCUCUGUCAAAACAAACCGAAAGUUUUCUAUUUAUAUACAGAAGAAAAUCUACACGGUUUUUGUUUCUACUUUUAUCCUACGUUGAUUACCUUUUUUUGUUUUAAUUGAUCAAUGUGGAUCGAUGACUUAAUUUGUGAUUUAGGGUUCUAAUUCUUUAUGGGUAUUUGAAGAUUGACCCGAGUUUUUUUUUUUUUGUUGAAGGAUGUAGCUGAAUAAGACAGUUGUUGCUGCAUAAUUUUUAGGAUUUUUGUUGUUGUUGUUGUUGGGUUUUGCCUCAUUGUGGGGUUUGGAUUGAAAAUUGAAUUGUUUAACGAUAUUUUGGUGUGAAAGUAUUGUUCUUGCCGAAAAAAGGUGAUUAUUGCUGUGAAAGUAUUGUUUUUGGUGAAUUUGAAGAGGGUGAUUGAAUCACCAUGGAUCAUGUUGUGGGUGGGAAGUUUAAGCUGGGAAGGAAGAUUGGAAGUGGGUCUUUUGGUGAGCUUUAUUUAGGUGUGAAUUUACAGAAUGGAGAAGAAGUUGCUAUUAAGCUGGAAUCUGUCAAGACGAGGCAUCCUCAACUGCACUAUGAAUCGAAAAUUUAUAUGCUACUCCAAGGAGGAACCGGGAUUCCUAACCUCAAAUGGUUUGGAGUGGAGGGUGAGUACAAUAUAAUGGUCAUUGACCUUCUUGGACCAAGUUUGGAAGACCUUUUCAACUAUUGCAACAGGUUGUUUACUUUGAAAACAGUGUUAAUGCUAGCAGAUCAACUCAUUAAUAGAGUUGAAUACAUGCACUCCAGAGGAUUUCUUCACCGUGACAUAAAGCCAGACAACUUCUUAAUGGGCUUAGGUCGCAAGGCAAAUCAGGUUUAUGCAAUUGACUUUGGGCUUGCCAAAAAGUAUAGGGAUCUCCAGACUCACAAGCAUAUACCAUACAGGGAAAACAAGAAUCUGACUGGAACUGCUCGGUAUGCGAGUGUCAACACACAUCUUGGAGUUGAGCAAAGCAGAAGAGAUGAUUUGGAAUCUCUUGGUUAUGUGCUUAUGUAUUUUCUUAGAGGAAGCCUUCCAUGGCAGGGACUUAAAGGUGGUACUAAGAAGCAGAAAUAUGACAAAAUCAGUGAGAAAAAGAUGUUAACACCAAUAGAGGUGCUGUGCAAAUCUUAUCCAUCUGAGUUCAUAUCAUACUUCCACUACUGUCGAUCAUUAAGAUUUGAAGAUAAACCUGACUAUUCAUAUUUGAAGAGGCUUUUCAGAGACUUGUUUAUUCGUGAAGGUUGUCAAUUCGACUAUGUAUUUGAUUGGACAAUUUUGAAGUAUCCUCAGAUUGGUGCCAGUUCUCGAGGACGAAAUCCUAGUGGGAAUGCCGGACUAAAUGCUGGGCCAUCUGCAGAAAGGCAAGGAAGGGCGUCAGUGGGGCAAGAUAUUCGGGAUAGAUUUACUGGUGCUGUUGAAGCAUUUUCCAGAAGGAAUACUUCUGCAGCUGGUAGGCAUGGGGAACACUCCAGACAGAGGACUUCAGAGGAUAUUCCUUCAUCCAAAGAUGUGCAAGCUGAUUCAGAGAGAGGCCGUAGCUCGAGAAAUGGAAGCUCUUCUAAAAGAGCUGUCAUGUCAAGCAGCAAACCGACCUCUUCUGCUGAACCCACGGAUAGUCGCUCAAGCAGAUUAGUGUCAAGCACUGGCCGUCUAUCUACCACACAGAGAAUUCAGCAGGGAAUUGAAACAAAACCAUCAUCAUUCUCGCGAACUUCACUCACAAAGGGCAACCAUGAUAACCCUCUUCGGAGCUUUGAAUUUCUUUCAAUCAGAAAGUAAGAGAAUGCACUUGUAAAGAGAGAAUUUCCUGAUUGAUUGAACACUCAAUCCUAUUUACGGAGGAUGUCUCCAAGUGCUGUAAAUUAGUUAAUGUGCUGUACCUUCUAUAUGUGACAAUUGAAGCUUAUCCAACUUAUCAUAUUCCUUGUUUUUGUUUCUA